AUGAGCCACCACCACAGCACCAUCACCCAAGGCUGGGCGCGGUGCUUAACCCUCUUACAACACUGCACCAAAGCAUCUCAAAUCGAGCCCAUCCACGCCCUUUUAAUCACCCAAGGCCUCCACCAAAACCCCAAUGUCAUCAGCAAACUAAUCUCCUUCCUUUCCUCUCCCCCAACUAACCUCCACUACUCUUCCCUCCUCUUCAACCAACUCCACAAAUCCACCUUAUUCAUCUACAACACUCUCAUUAAAGCCCACUCUAACAGCCCUCACCCUCAGACUUCCUUUCAUUACUUCAACCUCCUUGUAGAAGAAGAAACUAUAAGACCCAAUUGCCAAACCUUUAACUUUAUUCUUGUUUCUUGUGCAAAAACUUGUUCUUUGCUUUCAGGAAAGCAAAUCCAAAACUGGGUAUUUAAGAAUGGAAUAUUUUCAUCUGAUUCUUAUGUUCAAACUGGGGUUAUAAGGCUUUAUGUUGAAGCCAGACUAUGGGGUGAUGCUAGGAAAGUGUUUGAUGAAAUUGCUUGCGUUGAUGUUGUUAAGUGGAAUGUGCUUAUGAGUGGUUUAGCACGGUGCCGUUUAGGGACUCAAGCUUUGAGACUGUUUAAGGAAAUGUUGGUUUUCGGAAUCCAGCCUGAUGAGUUUUGUUUGACUACGGCUUUGACAGCUUGUGCACAAAAUGGGAGUCUUCGGGAAGGAAAAUGGAUUCAUGAGUAUUUGAGGAAAAGGGAAAAAUUUUUGGAACUUGAUGUGUUUAUUGGUACAGCGCUUGUUGAUAUGUAUGCAAAGUGUGGAUGUUUAGACUUGGCUGUGGAAGUUUUUGAAGGGAUGAGUCAAAGGAAUGUUUAUUCAUGGGCAGCUAUGAUUGGAGGUUUUGCUGUUCAUGGUCAUGCAAGGAAAGCUAUUCAUUGUUUUCAAAGGAUGCAACAUGAUGGGAUUAGGCCUGAUGGGGUUGUUCUUCUUGGGGUUUUAACUGCGUGUACUCAUGCAGGGUUGGUUGAGGAAGGCUUAUUUCUGUUGAAUAACAUGGAAGGUCAAUAUAGGAUUGUACCUAAACAUGAACAUUAUAGUUGUGUGGUGGACUUGUUUUGCAGGACAGGUAAAUUUGAUGAAGCUCUAAAGCUCAUAAGAAGAAUGCCUAUGAGACCACUUGUUUCGGUCUGGGGUGCUUUAUUGAAUAGUUGUCGCAUUCAUAACAAUGUUCAGCUUGCUGAGCUUGCUGUUAAAGAGCUUCUAGAGCUGGAAGAUUGUGAUGGGGAUGAAGAAGAUGCAGCCCUUGUGCAGUUAUCUAACAUUUACUUUAGUGCUCAGAAAAGUGAAGAUGGUCAUAGGAUCCGUAGGAUGAUUGGUGAUAGAGGGCUCAAGAAAGCACCAGGAUGCAGUAUGAUAGAGGUCGAUGGUAGGAUGACUGAAUUUGUUUCAGGUGAUAUAUCGCAUCCACUCCAUUCUCAAAUACAUACCAUAUUGAGGUUACUCUUUCCUGAGGACCUUGACACCUAGACGACUGUAUGGGCCACAUACCUUGGCAACAGUGUUUGCACAUUGCAAAUCCACAAGUAGUUUAUCAGUAUAACCUUGUAAAAAUUCCUCCCACGGAUGCUAAUCCAGUGAGCUUGAGCACUUGCUGGUCCAUAAUUAACAACCUCUUUUUCUACCAUCGAAUUUUAUCAGAGAUGGUAGCAGUAAG